AUGAAGGAUUUGGGCCCAUCGCGGUAUUGUCUUGGUAUUGAGGUAGUUUCUUCUCCCAAAGGCUACUUUUUAUCUCAUGCCAAGUAUGCCAAUGAGGUUAUUCAUCGUGCCAGUCUCACUAACACUAAGAUUUCUAAUACCUCCGUUGAGCUUAAUGUAAAGCGCAACACUACUGAUGGUGUUCUUCUGGAUAAUCCUACUUUGUAUCAAGAGCUCGUGGGUUGCUUAGUCUAUCUGACGGUUACUCGUCUUGAUCUUGCCUAUGUUGUUCAUGUGAAACAAACUGUUGUUGCUCGCUCUACUGCCAAAGUUGAGUAUCAUGCUAUGGCUCAUGCAACUGCUGAAGUUGUCUGGCUUCAUUGUCUUCUCUCUGACUUGGGCAUCCCUCAGUCUUCUCCAACCUCCCUCUAUUGUGACAAUCACAGUGCUAUUCAAAUUGCCCAUAACACUGUCUUCUAUGAGCAAACCAAGCACAUUGAGAUUGAUUGUCACUUCGUUCGUCAGCACCUGCAGUCUGGCUCUAUCUCUCUUCCUUUUCGUCUCUUCGGCUCUGCAACUUGUUGA